UUGUAUUGGAAAAUUAAAUAUGUAGUAUAAACAUUAUUUCAAAAUAAAGAUAAAAUAAAAAGAUGAUGUGUAUUAUGGUGGGGUAUAGUAAAUAGUGGAGGAAAAAGUGAUGAGAGGUUUUUUUUUCUCCUCAUUGAUGUAGUGAAAAAAACAUUUGAUGAGAGAAAUUGUAUGGGAGGAGUGAGAAAGUGGGUAGAGAGAGAUUGAGAGGUUUUUUUUUUCCUCACUGCUGAUAGUGGUCUGAUACCAAACCUUUCCAUGUAGUUUUUGGACUCUUUUCACCUUAAUCUUCAUUGCCUUUAUAUAUAUUGUCUUCCUAAUAACCAUUGAUUUGUCCCCCCACAGUUCUACUCUGCAACUUUGUUUUCCAUAAUUACAAUGCUCAAAUUUCUCUAAGUCAUUAACUAUUAUUUCUAUGAUCAACUCUUGAUUCAAACACAACUCACUACAAGGAUCCGCGUUUUUUAUUAUUAUUAUUGUUGUGAUAAAUAUUCUUCUAGUGUUAUUUGAUUUUUUUGUUGAUAGUCGAAUCAAUAUGAAUCUUUCAGUGAAUGGUCACUCAAAAGUACCUCCAGGGUUUCGAUUUCAUCCUACAGAAGAAGAGCUUCUUCAAUAUUACUUGAAGAAGAAAGUUGCUUAUGAAAAGAUAGACCUUGAUGUCAUUAGAGACAUUAAUCUUAACAAGCUUGAACCAUGGGAUAUCCAAGAGAAGUGCAAAAUAGGAUCAGGGCCUCAAAAUGACUGGUACUUCUUUAGUCAUAAAGACAAGAAAUACCCUACAGGGACUCGAACAAAUCGUGCCACAGCAGCCGGGUUUUGGAAGGCCACAGGCCGCGACAAGAUGAUACAUAGCAAUAACAAACGCAUUGGUAUGAGAAAGACGCUUGUUUUCUACAAAGGUCGAGCUCCUCAUGGUGAGAAAUCUGAUUGGAUUAUGCACGAGUACAGGCUUGAAGACUGUGGUUCUAACACGGUGCAUGAUCAUCACUCCUUUGUGCCGAGACAAGACAAUUGCACAACAGAAGAAGGGUGGGUGAUAUGCCGCGUUUUCAAGAAGAAAAACUACCAAAAGGCAAGUGAUAGUCCAAGAUGCUUCCCAACAUCAACCGAUCCACAAACCCAAUUGUUAAAUUUCAGCAGUAAAAAGGUGCUUGAUCACCUCUUUUCUUGCAUGGAGAAGACAACCUAUGAAGAUGAGAUUACCAACAAUCAUGAUCAUCCAACAACCUGUACUAGUACCGCCACCAAUAACAACAUCAUCCCUACUUACAACUGCUGUACUAAAACCACCCCCAGCAUCGAGGUCUCGAACCAUCAGCUAUUACUGAACAAUCAGUUCUCAGUCGAAAAUGAUCAGUACAAUAAUCUUCCUAUGCUGACCUGCAGCAACAACAGCAGCCCACAACCAUUUAACGAAGAUGAUCCUAUGCUUACCUGCAGCGGUAACACAACAAGUUUAAGCGAUUGGAUUACACUAGACCGCCUUAUUGCAUCACAGCUCAACGGCCAAGAUCACCAAGACUUAAUAUGCUCGAAUUCAUCAGUUAUGUAUCAUGGUUAAGUCAUAGCUAGAUAUCCGCCCUACUGUUAUACAAGAUUUGUUAGUAGUAUGCAAAAUCGCGUUUUCUGCUGUCUCCUGAAUCCAGAUGAUGAUGAAGAUGGUGACAUUAGUUACCUUUCUACACAUGAUUCGCGGUCAUCAAUUAGAGCAACUUUUUCAUCAAGUCACUUGUGGGAACCAGCAACGAACCCAGGACUAUCUAUGAAAGUUGACUAGUUACUGAAGAUCUUUGUCGUUACCAAUUUUCAUCAUUACUUACGUUGAAAUUUAGCUGAUAUAUACCCUGUAAAGUCUUCCUCUUUGCAUGAUUAUCAUUCCAUCUUUAACUAUUGAUGAUUUCGCUAAAACUUUACAAUAAAAUUCACUUGUACAUCUUUAUACGGAUCGGAUCUAGUAUUCAUAUCAAAGUGUAAUUUUGUAAUAUUAUU